AUGGGGAAGUGGAAGCUUCUGAAACGAAAGAUGGAGAAGGGACAGGAAUCCUCGUCAGGCUCAUCAGAUUCGGAAACCGAAGUUCCACAGACGAGAAAUUCCGACGAUGUGCCGAAAACUAGGAAUCGAUGGACCAACAGACAGCGAUUGCUGAUUUUCGCAUCUCGGGGCAUUACAUAUCGGGACCGGCACCUGAUGAACUCGUUCAAGGGCAUGCUAGCGCAUUCGAAACAAGAGUGUAAAUUCGAGAAGAAGGACAAUCUAGCUGUGAUCAACGAAAUUGCAGAAAUGAAAAACUGUAACAGAGUCAUGUAUUUUGAGAAUCGCAAAAAAUCCGACACGUACAUGUGGCUGGCCAACAUGGAAACCGGACCGACUCUGAAGUUCCUCGUUCAGAACGUACACACUAUGGAGGAACUAAAGUUCACGGGGAAUUGUCUCCGAGGAUCGCGGCCCUUCCUCUCGUUCGAUCCGGGCUUCGACGAGCAUCCUUGGUCCCGAGUCGUCAAAGAGGUCCUCGCACAAACGUUCGGAACUCCGGCCUAUCAUCCGAAAAGUCAACCAUUUUUCGACCACGUCUUCACGUUCCGGAUUCUCGAUAAGCGCAUAUGGUUCCGGAACUACCAGGUCGUCGAAGAAGAUGGUUCUCUCGUCGAGAUCGGACCUCGCUUCUGUCUCAAUCUUGUGAAAAUCUUCGAUGGACCAUUUUCCGGGGCGAUCAUCUACACAAAUCCGAAUUACGUGGCGCCUAACAAAGCUCGCCGUUUGGCGAAGCAGGACAACACCUACGUAAACAGAAUUGAACAAAAGGCGAAACGGAGCCGUAUUGAGAGCCUGCCAGCGGGGAACCCGGAAGAACUAGAUUUUAACUAGAUGUGUUAAUAAAGUGUUCCGGAUCAUCAGGGAUGUUUGACAUCGAAAA